AAUGGGGAGUUGGGCUCGGCUCCAGCUGCUCCGAUUCCUCCCUCCUCUGGGUUUUGGUAGUUUUGGGGUGAGGGGAGGUGAGCUGAGUGAUCCACGUGUGUCCCAGCUCAGUCUCCCCUCUGGCCACCUCAGCCCCCACCACAUUUAUGGAGAGAAAUUAGCCAGUAAAAGCUAAGCAACAAGAAACUGCGUUCGAACUGGGCUGGAGAAGAGUAUUUGGACAGUCUGCUGGCUGUGAGAGUGGACGCGUCUUCUAGCUAACCCUAUGAGCUUUGAAACCACGGCAUUCUCUUUCUUCGUCCUGCUUCUGAUUUGCCUCAUUUGCAUCCUCCUUUUAUUGGUGGUUUUUUUAUAUAAAUGUUUCCGAAGCAAGAAACGUGAAGAGACAGACAAAGUUCCGUGCGCAGAUGCUAACGGAGGGGAAGAUUGCUCAGCUGCCAAUGUGGGGCCGAUCGCCCCGGGAGACCAGGAGAAGAUCCUGAGGCAAAUGGUGGACUUGAACCCACCAGUGAGGCCCGGCAUUCUUGUUCAGAGACGGAGCAGGGAAGUGGUGAACUUUGAAAACAGAGACGAUGUGGAGGCAGAGGAGGAGGACAAAGCCAAAGACCCUGAGAAUGCCGAGGAAGCCAGUCAAGAGAAAACACACUUACCUGUCAGCAGAACUCCCUCAGCUUUGGAAAAUCACAAGAGACCUCUAAAAGGGGUGACCUUCUCUAGGGAGGUGAUUGUUGUGGAUCUCGGGAACGAAUACCCUGCGCCCCGAAGCUAUACUCGGGAGCACAAGGAGAGAAAAUGACGCAGGGGAAGGAAACGUAACCUUUGACAAACUUUGCAAUGACUGAAGGUUCUAAGUCGUUCGGAAGUAGCAACAUGAGAGGAAUUAACAAAUACAGAUGGUGUUUUACCUUUGUGUACACAGUGGGCUGCGUGCAAAAUUCUGUAAGGAAAGUGCUCAGAACUUGAAUAUAGUUUUUUAAAAACUCAAAUCUGAGGUCAAGAAAUUGAUUAUAUUAAAUGUCCUUAAAAUUCU